AUGUCGGAGCGUUCGACGCCUCCAGCCGAUUCGAAGCUUGUCACUGAUCCGAUAUCGGAAACGGAGAACCUUCUCGAUUUGGGCUAUGAAGUCGACUCGGGACGCGAAAUCGAGACAUUGAGCGAGGUCGAUGAGGAGGAGGAGGAUGAUGGUGAUGACGAUGAGGAAGACGAAGAAGAAGAAGAAGAUCAGUACGCUGAAUGGCCGAAGAGUCGAAUGUCGAAAUCGGCGACAUUCCACGAUUUUUGCGAUGACGAUGAGUGUGAUAGACGAAUAAAACUCCCGACGCAUUGUGAAGAGUUUGAAGAGGAGGACGAGUUUGAGGACGCGAAAGAUGAUGAUGACGAUGACGAUGAGAUUCUCGUCGAGGAAGAGGAGGUUCAGCCGGAUGGAAGUCCCGCUCAAAUGGAAUACGCGAAAGUUCAUAAGAAGAUUGAGAAGACGACGACGAAGAAGAAGAAGCGAUUUCGAAUGAAGAAGAGCAGCACGUUUGCCUCGUUUCUGAAUCUGUUUGUGUCUCGAAGUCGUCAUUCGCGUGAAUCCGGCGGGAUUCGUGAAGGGGAGCGACUGAUGACAAGAAGCUCGUGCAUGAUUCGUCCGAGUAUUUCGUUGUCUGUCGUUCAAGAGUCGAUGAUAUUGGGCUCGGAUGGCGAGAGUGCCGAUGUUUCGCCAUGCACUUCCGAUCAGACGCCGACCGGAAUUCCGCCGAGAUACAUUGUCAAUGUGAAAAUGCGACAGAAGCCGGCGAGGAAAUGGAGCGAAGAGGAAAUCCAAAAGCGACUCUCGCUUCCUGCUGAUUUGCGCCUUCCGGUCGCCGUUGUUGACAAGUUGAAUCGAACGCCGACAUUGGAUCAGCCGUUGACACGCAAGAAUAGGCGGGCAUCGUUGAGUGAGAUUGGUUUUGGUAAACUGGAGACGUACGAGAAACUCGACAAACUCGGCGAAGGAACCUAUGCGACGGUGUACCGCGGCCGAUCGCUGCUCACCAACAAAUUUGUCGCAUUAAAGGAAAUUCGACUUGAGCAAGAAGAAGGAGCCCCUUGUACGGCGAUUCGCGAAGUGUCGCUUCUUCGAAAUCUUCGUCAUGCCAAUGUCGUCACACUUCAUGAUAUUAUUCAUACUGAUCGGCUGUUGACGUUGGUUUUCGAAUAUGUUGAUCGCGAUUUGAAGCAAUAUAUGGAUGCGUGCAAUAAUCAGAUGCAUAUGAGCAAUAUUAAGCUUUUCCUCUACCAACUCCUCCGCGGUCUUUCGUAUUGCCAUCAGCGUCGUGUGCUUCAUCGCGAUCUCAAACCGCAAAACCUUCUGAUCACCUCAAAGGGCGAACUCAAACUGGCGGAUUUCGGAUUGGCUCGAGCGAAAUCGGUUCCGACGAAGACCUACUCGAACGAGGUUGUCACACUGUGGUACCGUCCGCCGGAUGUUCUUCUCGGCUCGACGGACUACUCAACGCACAUCGAUAUGUGGGGUGUCGGUUGCAUUCUGUUCGAGAUGAUCGCCGGACGCGCGCUGUUCCCCGGCGGAACGAACGAGGAGCAAUUGGGGUUGAUCUUUCGAACGCUCGGAUCGCCGAGACCCGAUCGACAUCCAACGAUUUGCGAGAAGAGCGGAUUCUUCAUGUUCGCCAAUCAGCGACACAAUCCCGAGCCGUUGUGUCGGCAGAUUCCCAGAAUUGAUGCUCAUGGUUUCGAACUUCUCAUGAAGUUCCUGCAAUACGAGGGUAGAGAUCGAAUAUCGGCGACCGAAGGCCUCAAACAUCCAUUCUUGCGCACGAUUGCUAUCAAGUGCGCGAAUCUCCGUGAUGAGCAAUCAGUGAUGGAAGCGGAUGGGAUUCAUGUUGAACGCGAGACACUGUCGCAUGAGAAUUCGCAUCGCCGCCAUCACCAUCAUCAUCAUCGGACGAUCUCAUCGUCGAAGGAUAAGAUGUACCGAGUGCACAUGAACCAUCACACCUAA